AUGGAAGUAUCCGCAUGGUCUCACAGUCUCCUCUCUAAAUUCGAUGAUAUACUGCUUUUACCGGCGUUCGCGGAGCACGAAAACGAUUUCCCCAAGCAAAAAUGGAUAGAUGAAAGAGGCCGGUUUCGCAUUUGGGCAACAAAUACUGGCGCGCGUCACAGAGGAGUUUUAUCACUAGACUACCGCCUAAAAGAUGCGCCAGUCAUCAAAUGCCAGACAAUUAAGAUAUUACAGAGGCUUGAACAGCUCAUCAAAACAUUUGAGGAGGUGCUGAAUGAAGAUGGAGGAGAAACCACAGACGAAGAAGACGACGACGAUGACAAAGAAGCACUAAGGGUGUUGCAAGAUCAACUCGAUGAAGACCAAAACAUUGCGGGUCUUGAGUUCAAUGAAAGCGAGAUUUCUCAUAUUUUCAAAACCGUCGUUGAAACAGUCACCCAGCUUUACCAAAUUUCCAUGGCUAUCAGUCCUCUAUCCGACUAUGAUCGAAUAAUAGAAACCAAAGACUUGGAUUCUGUGCUGCGAGAAAUUUACGGAGGCGAUGGCGAAUCCAUAUUGUCCCAGGUCUCUUCGCCCAGUACCAAUGAAGAUCUUGGGAUGGAGCAAAUUUUUCUUCGUUACCAAGGGACUCAAUAUCAGUUUCCAGUCCCCAAAGUAUCAGUUACGAGGGGGAGGUGA